AUGGAUAGGCUGGGGAAUGAGGAGCAUCUGAAGCUAAGCCAUAUCGGCUGUGCCCUAGGUGUUGCGCCUGCAGGUCCUGCAGGAGCAGUUAAAGAUGUAACAGAAGAAUCGAUAACAGAUGAUGACAAGAGGCGAAACUACGGAGGGGUAUACGUUGGCCUCCCAUCUGAAUCUGUCCAUAUAGUAUCCAGUCAAACAAAGACUGUCCGAAAAAAUUAGAAGAAAAUGUCUCAUGACUCACUGACCAAGAGCACCCUUAUCAAGAUUUGGAAGAAGUUUCUUCCCGUGGGACAUUGGAACGGGCACAGACAUUCUAAGCAAUUCUAAACCGCCUCCUGUUCUCCUGAUCAUCCACCUUCCCGAGUAGUCUUUAGUCUAGAGCCUAGAUAAAACCAUGAGGACAUGUUGGAUGUUGUCCUGGGAAGGAAUUGGUCUGAAUACACUUGGAGGUGGAACUUCCUGUGAUGUGCCUGUGACAGAUGAGCUGACAUUGCUCAAGCUCUGGCGGUUGUGACAGACACCCCCUCCCCGCCUGGCUCAUGAAGAUCAUGUCUUUUCACUGAUACUUUUUUGAUAGUUUUAUAUAAUGAAAUCCUUAUUCUAUUUAUACUUUAAAACAAUAAGG